CCCCAAAUAUCGUCUGUAUUUGCUACUUUGCACAGCGCUCAGCGUUCAUAACUCUGAGCUACAAUUGUCGGGAGAUUGCUUUAGAUUCACGGGGAGAUUUCAUUGAUUCGCUUGCUUGUUAGAGGGCGUGGCUUCUUACAACGAAGCCGUAAAGCGCGCAAGUUCGACAACCAGUGAUUGUUUCGGCUCCAGUAUGAGCGAAGAACGCUUACGGAAGCUAUCUGACGUCCUGCUUGCUCUCUCAAAAGAAUCAGUUGCUUCAAAGCUGACUGAUUCACUCCUAGAGCUAGCAAAAGUACUACAGGAACAACCAGAGCUUGAUGACGCUUGUCGUAAUCUUCUUCAUCGCUAUGCUCCUCGAGUUGAAAGAUUAGUAAAGAAGGCCAUGGAUGAACAUCAGUCAGACCGUGAUAUGCAAGAGGCAUCUUGUCUGGUAAUAUCAGAGCUGACAACUUUUAGUGAAGAUCUUCGGGAUCGAAUUGCAAAUGAAGAAAUCUUUUGUACCACAACACAAGAUCCAACUGAACAAUACAUUGGGUUUACAACAAGAAAUGACCAAAAUGAAACUCUCUACGUACAGCGUGUCCAGUUUGCAACGUUAUGAUGUCACUCAACUCAGACUGUUUCUGAAAGUACUCUGACAGACAUCUCGCAUGGCAUCAACAGAAGGUGAACUAGGCAGUUGAUGUUUUUGCAGCAGUGACGGUUUGUUCAUUUGAAUUAGUCCUAAUGCGCACCCCAACACUACACUUCGGUUGACGACUCAGCUGCUGUCGUGCAAGGCAUGCAACUAGCGUGUGCUAAAAUUGUCUGUUAAUCCCGUAUGAAAAUAAGAUGCGUACGAAAGAUCUUCUGGUAAAAUGUAUGAAAAUAGUUUCGUGCUAGUAAAAUGUAUGAAAAUAGUUGCGUGCGAAAAUUUGUGGAUUUACGGUAUCUGUCUGUCUGUCUAUCUGUUGGUUUGGUUGUCUGUCUGUUGCAAGUCUGUUCUUUGUUUGUCUGUUUGCUUGUUUGUCUGUUUUUUGUUUUGUUUUUGUUUUGUCUGUUGCCUCUAGUUUUUAUAUAUUUCAAAACUCAGUAAUGUAUUGACAAAGACAAAAACAAACAAACAUACAAAGAAAAUGACAAAAACUAAUCCAAGCAUGUUGUUCUGUUUGCCUGUCAUUUUGUUUAUGUGUCUGUUUGUCUAUUUGUUGUCUGUCUGCUAUCCAAGAUGUUUCACUCACAAGGUCAACUUAGUUAGAUGGACUAGUAGUAAGUUGGAAAGCAAGUAUCUUCUCUGGAAGCAAUACAUACCAACUGCAUAAUACAUGUACUGAAUGAAGAAGCACUAAAGUACUAAACCCUCGGUUGGUAAUUUAGGUUAUCAGCUGCAUAUAAGUUAAGUAUCUAUAUCAAGGAAGUCAAUUCAAAGCGAGUUGCAGCCCAACUUGAAGGGGCGUGGUUAUAAACCUUAUGGGGCAUAGUU